CCUCAAACCUCAGGCAGUCCGGGCAUGGGUGCCUGGGUGCCUUUCUACCUGAGGCUCUCCAACACGGCGGGCUUGGCGCCGGAGAUUAUCGACCGACGAAUAACAAGCCAGGCGAGGCUUUUGAGCUGGACUCGGACUAUGCGAGAUUCAAUCUGAACCACUGCCUCGCUGCUUGGUCCAUUGUACCUACGUCUACCUCGGUUGUCUAGUCAGCCCCGUCACCAAUUCCUCACACCCCCGAUACUGACCUUCAACUCUUCCGCUCUUGUCGACCGCGAUCCUUUGCUCCCUACGCUCUUCCAAUGACCCCCGAACGCCGUGAUUCUCCCGGCCAGACCCCGGACAAUGUGAGCACGGCGUCGCGCGCUCGAGACUUCUUCUCCGUCCCUGCACCGGUCAAGCGCAUCUUCGACCGCUUUCCUCUCGUCACCUAUCCCUCCAAUGAUCUUCCACACAGCGCAUGGUCGGACAGACGGGGCAAUCGGCUGUACGUCUUUACCGAUGCCGCAGGUGCCAGGCAUGGCAGACCGUCGUUCAACCCUCAGUGUCUCAAGUGGCAGGCAUAUUUGCGGUUUGUGGGGAUCGACUUCGACGUGAUUCCCUCCAACAACCAUGCGUCUCCGUCUGGCGCCCUUCCUUUCCUCAUCCCCGCCCACCCCGUCAACAACAACACCCCAAUUCCCUCCAGUAAACUGCAGAAGUGGGCCAUUGAACAAGUCCAUUGCGAGGAGGAGCAACAAUUGGAUCUGCGAUUUGAGGUUUAUGCGUCGUUGCUGGAUCACCGGAUAAGAAAUGCUUGGUUAUAUACCCUCUAUCUAGACCCGGAAGAGUUCGCAGCCGUUGCGAAGCCAUUAUAUGUGGACCCGUCGAGUAACAAUUCCGCCGUACGGACUGCCCUUGCAAUGCAACUCCAGCAAGCUGCCCGAACAGAGAUCCUGAAAACAUCGUCCUAUAUCGACGUGGGUGCUCUGGAGGCCGAGGCCAGCGAUGCCUUUGAGGCACUAUCGACACUUCUUGGUGACAACCUUCACUUCUUCAACCGACCGAACCCUGGUCUAUUCGACGCCAGCGUCUUUGCAUACACACACCUGAUCUUGGACGAAAAGCUCGGCUGGCGACGAAACCGGCUGGGACAACUACUGCGACAACACGAGAAUCUUGUACAACAUCGCGAGAGACUACUGAAAUUUUUCUAGACGGAUGGAACCAUAAGAAACAUCUCAGUCCUGUACAAUAACAACAUGUGUUAAUCCA